AUGGCUAAUGCCAAGUUCAACUAUGGCUUUGAGUACCUUGGAGUCCAGGACAAACUUGUGCAGACUCCUCUCACAGACAGGUGCUAUCUGACCAUGACCCAGGCAUUAGAGGCAAGGCUGGGAGGAUCACCAUUUGGUCCUGCUGGAACAGGAAAGACAGAGUCUGUCAAGGCUUUAGGCAACCAGCUAGGCCGUUUUGUUCUUGUCUUCAACUGUGAUGAAACCUUUGAUUUCCAGGCUAUGGGACGUAUCUUUGUGGGUCUGUGCCAAGUUGGUGCCUGGGGCUGCUUUGAUGAGUUCAACCGACUGGAAGAACGCAUGCUGUCGGCCGUGUCUCAGCAGAUUCAGACCAUACAAGAAGCCCUGAAGGAUCUGGCUAGCCCAGACAAGAAAGAUAAAGGAAGUGGACCCAUCCUGGUGGAACUCAUUGGGAAACAAGUGAAAGUGAACCCUGACAUGGCUAUCUUCAUUACCAUGAACCCUGGCUACGCUGGCCGCUCAAACCUGCCAGAUAAUCUGAAGAAACUGUUCCGUUCUUUGGCCAUGACCCAGCCGGAUCGCCAGCUGAUUGCACAAGUCAUGCUGUACUCACAAGGCUUCAGGCAGGCUGAGAAACUGGCCAGUAAAAUUGUUCCAUUCUUCAAGCUAUGUGAUGAACAGCUGUCACCACAGUCUCACUAUGAUUUUGGCUUGAGAGCUCUCAAGAGUGUGCUGGUCAGUGCUGGCAAUGUUAAGAGAGACCGCAUUCAGAUGGUCAAGCAAGGCAUGGUCGAGAGAGGAGAAACCAUGGAUGAAUCAUCCAUUGCUGAAAAUGUGUCAGAGCAAGAGAUUCUCAUUCAGAGUGUGAUGGAAACAAUGGUUCCCAAACUGGUGGCUGAGGACAUCCCUUUGUUGCACAGCCUGCUGAGUGAUGUGUUCCCAGGUGUGGAAUACACUGCGGCUGAAAUGACAGCUCUCCGCAAACAGAUCAGGAAAGUCUGUGAGGAGCUCAACCUGGUCUAUGGCGAAGGUGAUGAGAUGGGAGCUCAGUGGGUUGAAAAGGUGCUUCAGUUGCACCAGAUCACACUGCUGCAUCAUGGUCUAAUGAUGGUGGGGCCCAGUGGCAGUGGCAAGUCCAAGGCCUGGCAGGUGCUGCUCAAAGCUCUUGAGAGGCUGGAAGGAGUCGAAGGAGUAGCUCAUGUCAUUGAUCCAAAGUCAAUAUCCAAAGAAGCCCUGUAUGGUAACAUGGAUCCCAACACAAGAGAAUGGACUGAUGGUCUCUUUACCCAUGUCCUGAGAAAGAUCAUAGAUAAUGUGAGAGGUGAACUGGGAAAACGCCAGUGGAUCAUCUUUGAUGGUGAUGUGGACCCUGAGUGGGUAGAGAACUUGAACUCUGUCCUGGAUGAUAACAAGCUGCUCACCUUGCCAAAUGGAGAACGUCUGGGCAUACCACCCAAUGUGCGCAUCAUGUUUGAGGUGCAGGACCUCAAAUAUGCAACACUUGCCACAGUGAGUCGUUGUGGUAUGGUGUGGUUCAGUGAGGAUGUGCUGUCUACAGAGAUGGUGUUUGAGAACUACCUGCAGCAGCUGCGCAGCAUCCCCCUGGAGGAGAGUGAAGAAGAUGUCAGACACAGCAGGACUUCUGGAGAAUCCAAGGAAGAAGAGGUUUCCCCAACUCUCCAGAUCCAAAGAGAUGUGGUCAACAUACUCAGCCCUUAUUUCACACUGGAUGGACUUGUCAACCGCUGUCUGGAACAUGCUGAAACACUGGACCACAUAAUGGACUUCACAAGACUCAGGGCUCUCACCUCACUGUUCUCAAUGCUGAACCAAGGCAUUCGCAACAUUCUCAACUACAAUCACGCUCAUGAUUUUUCAAUGCAGCAAGACCAGAUGGAGCGCUACAUGACCAAGUACCUGGUCUACAGUGUUCUGUGGUCCAUGUCCGGAGACAGCCGCAUCAAGAUCAGACAGGAGCUCGGGGAUUUCAUCCGAAGCAUCACCACAAUACCCCUGCCUCCGCUGCAAUCAAAUGCCCUGAUCAUUGAUUAUGAGGUGUCCACGUCUGGAGAGUGGGCUGCCUGGCAGUCAAAAGUACCUCAGGUUGAAGUUGAGACCCACAAGGUGGCGGCCCCAGAUGUGGUCAUCCCAACCAUUGACACAGUUCGGCACGAGAGUCUCCUGUACACCUGGCUAGCAGAGCACAAGCCGCUGGUUCUCUGUGGGCCUCCAGGCUCUGGCAAGACAAUGACUCUUUUCAGUGCUCUUAGAGCUCUUCCCGAUAUGGAG